GGACUCUUCGAGUUGAAAGUCCUGCUCGAAAGGAUCGCCGCGCAGGAGACGGAAGUGCCGAGAAGCAGCCAUUUCAUCCGACGCCGCCUCCCCCUCGCCCAUCGUGGAACGAGGAGACGCCGACCGAAACAUUUAGAUUGUGCAAAUAGCUAAAAUCCACACAUUCGCCAGCGAAUACUAUGAAAUGGACAAUGCCCUCGGCCAUCAGUGGCGCGGCACAUGGCCAAGUCCACAUACCCAGCAACGAGGAGUGCGGCAUUCGGGACGUGUGGAAGCAUAACCUGGAGGAGGAGUUCCGCACGAUUCGCAAGGUUGUGCAGAAGUAUCACUACGUGGCCAUGGACACCGAGUUCCCGGGCGUGGUGGCUCGGCCCGUCGGCGAGUUUCGCUCCACGGCGGACUACCAUUACCAGCUGCUGCGCUGCAAUGUCGAUCUGCUAAGGAUCAUCCAAUUGGGCCUGACCUUCAUGGAUGACGAUGGAAAGACGCCUCCGGGCUAUUCCACCUGGCAGUUCAACUUCAAGUUCAAUUUGAGCGAGGACAUGUAUGCGCAGGACUCGAUCGAUCUGCUGCAAAACUCGGGCAUUCAGUUCAAGAAACACGAGGAGGACGGCAUCGAUCCCAUUGAGUUCGCCGAGCUGCUGAUGAGCUCCGGCAUCGUGCUGGUGGACAACAUCAAGUGGCUGUGCUUUCAUUCCGGCUACGAUUUCGGCUACCUUCUGAAGCUGCUCACCGAUCAGAAUCUGCCCGCCGACGAGGGCGACUUCUUCGAGCUGCUGCACAUCUACUUCCCGAACAUCUUCGACAUCAAGUAUCUGAUGAAGUCGUGCAAGAACCUGAAGGGCGGCCUGCAGGAGGUUGCCGAUCAGCUGGAACUGCGGCGCGUGGGCCCCCAGCAUCAGGCCGGCUCCGAUGCCCUGCUGACGGGCAUGGCCUUCUUCAAAAUGCGUGAGGUACAGCACACAAAUGAUUUGCACUUUGACCUAGAGGCGCCCGUCGUACUCUUUCCCUAUCUGCUUGAGCACACCAUGAACCUGAAGCCGUUGGUCAGAAAGGUUGACCUCCUGAGCCGUCCGGUCUACAUCGGUGGCUUUCCCCCCGAUGACUCGGCCAUAAUCAGCGGCAGUGGCAACGGCACGGGCAACACCAGCUCCUCCUGCGAGCCACUAACCUCCAGCGCCUACAUGGUCACGCCUCCCAAUACUCCCGGUUCGCCGGAUUGCUUCGCAUCUACUCCCAUUCGCUGAGCAAUUUGUUGCCCUGCCCUUGCCACUACUAACUAAAGUAACUUGCCUCCGCCCAACAUCACCAUCAUCCAUUAGGUUUAAGGUUUUCCAUGGUUGUCACAACUCGCUCAUUUUCCUACAUAGUUUAUAUAUGUAUCUUAUUAGUAUAGCCCCACGAUUUAUGAAUGAAAUCCAUAACUUGAAGUGUUUUUAGUUAGUUUGAAACUGUUAACUCCAUGUGAAACAUGUUUAUUUAGUUUUAAAGAUCGCGAGACGAAAUGAAUUGAAGUGACUGGCUGGAUUUGAUUGGAAAAUUAAAUGAAUUUGAAUUAAUUUUCUUUUUAAA